CCAGUAACAUCUGUCGGAGCUUGGUGCUUCGCUUUCGUUCAGAGCUCCGUAGUUUCUGUCUGACGGUUUUACCAUUCUUUCCUUGCCUGUUUCUUGAAAUUGUAUCGGUGGAGAAAGGUGUCGGACGUGAUGUAUGAGUGUGUGUCGGUGAGGCUGUAAGUGCAACGACGGCAUUUCGUGUUAAGAAGUUUAAAAAGGCCACGCAAAAGGAGCACAUCAGUGAGAACAAACGUACCGUAGUAGUAAUGCUUGGUGCGGGGUCCGUCACGUGACUGUCUAAGAGUUACUCCCACAAUCAUUUCAUAUUGUAUUAAUGACGAAACUCAUUGAUUUCGGUUGAAGUGACAAAAAAAAUACUCUAGAGUUCGUAGAGACUAUCUCUUUCGACAAGAGACCGAAAUUCGAGACGAAAAGUAACUUCUCGGUGUGAUUCCUACUUUGGGUUUGGUCUGUGAUAUCAGUGUGUUGUCGGGAGUUUACGUACUUCCGGAAGUUUUGCCGAUCAGAGUGAAAUUGCUCCAAAAAAGACGGCGUUUCCGAGGCGGUCACGAUGACGCCGCGAAUAUAAUCCCGUCGAUUCCGACGUAUUCGCAAUAUUUCUAGUUAAAGAACCCCGUCGAGACAAUCCCCGGUGAUCAACCCGGGAAGCGUGCGAUAAUCGUACGAUGAUGCCGCUCGCGCCGACGCCAAUCGUUCCGGUGCCAUCUAAGCCGAAGAUCGGCUUCAGCAUCGAUUCGAUAGUCGGCGGUGGCAGGCAAGGUGGUGAUCGCGAGACUGAUCGUUUGGACAGGCUCGAACGGGUGGAGAUCGAGCGCGACGAUGGCAGUCCGAUGGAGAUAGUAGAAGGAUCCUCGUCACCACGAGCACGCAGAGUCACCACGAGAUCUCCGGGUGCUCACUCCGAGGGCUCCGAUCGACCUAUAUCUCCCAGUUCCUCCGUCGAGUCGUAUCCCAAUUCUCGGCGUACGCCGUCACACGCCGGCGGUCAUCAUCAUCAUCACAUCACCAAUCACGGACACCCCCAUCCGCAUCAUCAUCACAAUCUGUCGGUGACGACGCAUGUCGAUUUCAAUCGGACCACCGUACACAGUCACAGCGGUUGUUCCUCUCCCAAUAACAGUCCUAGUCCGCCGCAUAGAAUAUCGCAUGGGGACUCACCGGUCGCCACGCAUCCCCAACCACCUCCGGGAGUGGUGAGACCCAGUCCGAAUUACCUUGCCUCGCCAUCUAACGCCGCGUCCGUCGCUCUGGCGGCGGAACUCAAGAACCUCGCCUAUUCGCUACCUGGACACACCGCGCAGACAGGUCAAAACGAGUAUCACGCUCAGCAGCAGUUCGCUCUGGCGAAUCUAGCAGCAGCACAUUCACACUUUCAGGCGAACAUCGCGGUAGCGUUGCAAGCACAUCAUGGCGCGUCGCCCCACGGACCGCCACACGCGCCCUAUCCGCAUGGCGGUGCUCCCGGUGCGCCGCAUCCUGUACCCCAUCCUCAUCAACCACCCAGAGAGAGCUACCCGUUGUACCCGUGGCUGUUGUCGAGAAGCGGCAGAAUCUUUCCGCACAGAUUUCCUGGAGGUCCGGACAUACCCGGCUUCCUGCUUCAACCAUUCAGAAAACCGAAGAGAAUAAGGACCGCUUUUAGCCCGAGCCAACUGCUGAAGUUGGAGCACGCUUUUGAGAAAAAUCACUACGUCGUCGGGGCGGAAAGGAAGCAACUAGCGCAGGCGUUGUCCUUGACGGAAACGCAGGUAAAAGUCUGGUUUCAAAACCGACGGACGAAACACAAAAGAAUGCAGCAAGAGGAAGAGGCGAAGGCUCAGCAACAAUCGGGCGGUGGUGGAGGUGGUGGCGGCGGAAAUGGCGCUAGCAACAACAACAGUAGCAACAAGAACACCCAUCACGUCAGCAAAUGGCAACAGGAGACCGGAGACUAUCAUCACGAAGAGGACGAGGAGGACGAGCACAUCGACCCCGAAGCCGAAGAAUGUUCGAGUGGCUCUGAGGCGUAGCUAGACGUUCUCUGCCUGGAUUAAGAACCAGGAGCAAGGAAAUUACACUGAACAGAAGAGAAUAUUCGAGUUUCGGGUCGAUCGCCCGAGACGCAAUGGUCGUCUCUUCUGAAAUGAUGGUGUUCGUCGAGGAGCUCACCUCGAAGCCCGCCGUUCACGAUUGUGUUAAUUCGCGGCAGAAAGUUAGUGAGUGAAUUCCUCCAAAUCCACACACAAAGUAGUUCCUCUCAACAUCUUCUCUUUUUCCGCGACGAGGAGGACACUUCGCGAGGAAUCGUGGAGAUUCGCGAAUAUCUUUCGUCGCGAUUAGGAGACGAAGAAGACGUUUUCUCAGUCGGACGUUAACGGGUUUCGGAAAAAGCAAUGGGAAAAAUCGAAGGCAAGGGCUUCCAUCGGAAACCCGGUUAAUGGAAGCAUUGUCCGUGGAACAAGCCGGAGCUAAAUGGACGCGUUUCCGGCGGAAAGUGGCGACGUUCGGCGAAUCGUAUCGAGAACGAUCAACCUUUAACUUACCGCGGAGUUUUUUUUGUUGCACACGCUCGGUCGAAACUUUAGACGCUCUUGUGUGUGACUUGUAAGUUUCGCGAGUGAAAUCAAAGUCAUCAUCUUCUUUAUGUGUUUUAAUUUGUUUUUACUUCACAUUCUAUGUACGUGUUGUUCCCCGCACGGUUUUCAAUCCCAAUCGAUUCGUUUGCCGCGGAACGUGAGACUUGCGACACGUUCCGCAGCAAGCGAAUUAGUCGGGACGGACCGUGCGUAAUUAUAUAUAUGUGUGAUUCAAGAUAUUUAUAUUAUUUAAUUUAAUGUUUUUUUUUCGUGACACACAAGAUGAUCGUUAAAAAAACGUUCAGAAAUAUUGUAGAUAAAUGAUGUGUAUAAAACCUGUUUUUCAGUAAAGAAAAAAAACAAGUCUCGAUCGUUCGCGAUUUGUUUGAAUGGUGCGCUGAUUUUAAAUCGUGGAUAUCGUUUACACUUAUCUUGCCAUAAACAAAAAUAAAUAAAUUAAUUAAAAAAAAAAAAAAAAAAAAAAAAAAAGAAAUCGCCAUAAGAACUAAUUUUCGUCGAAUGGUGUAAAUAGAAAAGAGAUGUUUCAGCAACUACGGAUCGAAGAAAAGUCUCGCGCGCGUAAACUCUCUCGGAAAUAUAAUCCCGGACCUUUCUCACGAGAACUUUGAGAAAGGGCGAGUGUAAAUAAAAUAAAAACGAAACAAAGAGAAUUAAUAUGCGAACGCAAACACACGCGAUAAAAGUGAGUGCCAAACUUCCGUAAUAAACUAAUAGCGAGAGAUCCCAGCGAAUAACAAAUUGUAUUUGCAAUUGUAUUUAAGUCGUUGCUCCGUACACGUCGAGCAAACAGUAUUCCUCUCGUCGAUCGAUGUUCCGAGAAAUGUACUGACACAAUUUAAAUUAUUAUUAUUAUUAAUUAUUAAUUAUUAUUAUUAUUAUUAUUAAUUAUUAUUAUUAUUGCUAAUGUUAGGCCAGGGAUCCCGUGCGUCAUAACAGAGAAAGAAAGAAAAUAUAUGUAUAGCAAUUAUAAAAAAAAGUACGCAGGAAAUUUUACUUAUAUUUUAGUAUGUGUUACACUUUGUAGAUUGUAAUAUUAAUAUAUCGGACAUAUAAAUUGUCACGACAUAUCAAUAUUAACAUUAAUACUAAUA